CUUUCUUCUCCUCAGAUUCCAUUAACCUUCAAAAAAGUUUUCAUAUACAUUUCUCUCUGCUUAAAAACAGAGCUUUCUUUGCACAGCAUUGCAGAUUUAAUAGAUUAAAUGGGGAGACACUCUUGCUGUUACAAACAAAAGCUGAGGAAAGGGCUUUGGUCUCCUGAUGAAGACGAGAAGCUUCUCAAUCACAUCACCAGGCAUGGACAUGGUUGCUGGAGCUCUGUCCCUAAACUCGCUGGUUUACAGAGAUGUGGAAAGAGUUGUAGAUUGAGAUGGAUUAAUUACUUGAGACCUGAUUUAAAAAGAGGAGCUUUUUCUCCUGAGGAAGAGAAUCUCAUCGUCGAGCUUCACUCUGUCCUCGGAAACAGAUGGUCACAGAUUGCGGCUAGACUACCGGGAAGAACCGACAACGAGAUCAAGAAUCUAUGGAACUCAAGCAUAAAGAAGAAACUGAAACAAAGAGGCAUUGACCCAAACACACACAAACCCAUCUCCGAAGUUGAGAAAGACAAACCAACAAGAAGCAGCAACGACCACAACAAGUCUCCUAGUUCCUCUGCUGCAACUAACCAUGACUUCUUCCUCGAAAAGCCAUCUGAUUUCUCCGAUUACUUCGGUCUUCAGAAGCUUAACUUCAACUCCAACCUUUCUCUUUGUACCAUGGUUCCGGAGCCGUUUAGCCCCGGAAACAUGGUUGGUUCUGCUUUUCAGGCUCCGGUUUGCGUGAAGCCUUCAAUUAGUCUCCCUCAGGACAACAGUUCGAGUUCUGUCUCAGGAGGACCUAACUGGGAGUUUCAGACAAACAACACCUUCGACAAUGGUGGAUUCUCAUGGUCAAUCCCUUCUUCUUCAGUAGUUAAACCUAAUCACAACUUUGAAGAGAUUAAAUGGUCAGAGUAUUUGAACACACCCUUCUUCAAUGGAAGCACAGUACAGAGUCAAAACUCUCAACAGAUCUUCAUCAAAUCAGAGGCUGAUUACUUAGGCAAGGUUUCAAACGUGACAGAUCCUUGGAGCCAAAGCCAGAAUGAGAAUCCAGCUACACCUGAAGCUAGUGACGUGUUCUCCAAGGAUCUUCAGAGAAUGGCUGUCUCUUUUGGUCAGUCUCUUUAGCUUAUCUUUUUUUUUUUCUUAAUUCUAACAGAUGUAUAGAACAAAAAACAUAUACCAUAUACGUAGAGUGGAGUUUUAAGUGUUCUGUAUAUUCAUGGGGGUAAAAAAAAAUUGAGCUGUCUUUUAUUUUUUUUAAGUGUGUUUUAAACGUCAGAGAUUCUUCUAUCUUAUGCAAACCUUUCAGUUUCAUAG